AUGCGUCAAACAGCUGCAGCGAUGUCGCGCCGAUUGAUUUGGCUCAACUCUCUCAUUACACUAUGUGUUGGUGGAGCGAUCCCCCAAGACAAGAGAAAUCAGACUGUCGGCCAUGGCUCAUCUGAGUCUAUUUCCAUGACUGAGACCAAUGGCUUUGACCCUCUUGGGGUCUGGUAUGCGGGCGUCGAGGCGCUGUCGCAGAAGCAGCCCAGUAUCACUGCGAUCGAGGCUGCCAAGAAUAAGAAUAUCGGUAUUGUUGGAGCUGGAAUAUCGGGUUUGAUGACAUACCUAGCAUUGCACGAGGCAGGAUUCAAGAAUUUGACCAUUCUUGAAGCUGACGACCGCUUGGGUGGUCGCCUGCAUACAAGCUACCUCUCUGGGGGUCCCUUUGACUAUUCUUAUCAGGAGAUGGGAGCGAUGCGCCUCCCGGUUGACUAUAUCGACAAGAAUGGAAAAAGACACAACAUCUCUGAUACACAACUGGUGUUCUUCCUGAUUGAGGAGAUGAACAAGCUCAACAAAGGAGAUCCCAACCUCCGGGUGGACCUCAUUCCGUGGGUUGACCAUAAUGAGAAUGGACUUCAAUACUUUCGCGGCAUUCGCACAGCUAGUGGGCUGCCUCCGACCCUGAAGCAAAUCUCCGAGAACGCUUCGUUGGGUGUGCCUUUAGUCUUGGACGCCGAUGCACAGGCAGCAAGCGAUAAGCUCAAGGCCAAUCUGCCUGACGACGCCUUCAUGAGUGACAUGGUCAAGAAUGUGUAUCAAGCACACCGUAAAUGGAACGACAAUGGGUUUGGCGGCCAGGCAGGAGAUCGGUGGUCGGUAUUCUCUUACAUUUCGCAGUUCCUCAAAGGCAGCCUCAACACCACGGACAUUUUGGACAACCAGCUGGACCCCCGGGGCAGCUUCUGGGAAAAGGUGUACGAUGGCAUGUAUGAAAGCGCCAGCAUCUUCAGGACCAUUGACGGAGGAGUCAGUCGUCUACCACUAUCCUUUGGUCCUCUUGUCAAAGACGACACUCGGAUGGGUAUCAAAGUGGAGCGGAUCAAGUACUCGGACGAGAAAGUGACGCUUCAGUGGAAGCAUAGCUUCAAGGAUCGCGAGUUUCAGAACUCGACCUUUGACUACGCCGUCAUCUCUGCCCCAUUCACAGUCGUUCGCCAAUGGCGACUGCCCGAAAUCGACAUGACCAUGGCCAACGCCAUCAAGAACCUCGUCUACGACACGUCGUGCAAAGUGGCGCUGGAGUACUCGGAGCGGUUCUGGGAAAAGUACGAGAACCCGAUCCACGGCGGAUGCAGCACGCAGACCGACAUCCCCGGCGUCACCCUCGUCUGCUAUCCCUCGUACAACAUGAAUGGUACCGGCCCAGCAAGCCUUUUGGCAUCGUACAUUCGAGAGUCGUACAACCAUGACAUGAGCAGAAUGAUUACCAUGUCGGACGAGGAGCACGUGCAGUAUGUGCUGGACGCCAUGACGGAGAUUCACGGCGAGCACACGCGGGAUCUGUACACUGGAAAGUUUGCCCGAAAAUGUUGGAGUCUGGAUCCUCUCACCGCGGGUGCCUGGGCAAACCCCUCGGCUGGACAGCACGAGUUGUACAUUCCAGAGUACUUUAAGGUUCACAAGAACGUGAGUAUCAGCAAUAAAAUCCCUCGAGAGGAGCUGGAUUUCUCGCUAACAGGUGUGCUAGCUCAUCUUUAUUGGCGAACACACGUCUUACACGCAUGGAUGGAUCUCGAGCGCUUUGGACUCGGGUAUCCGUGGCGCAGUGCAGCUGCUUCUAGAGCUCGGCCUCGUUGA